GACUCUUCCAAUCGUCAACUGAAAUUUUGAUACUUUUUAGAUAGCUCUCAACCCAAAUCAAACUAAAUUUCGCCCUGAUCAUGGACCACCCAUUUGGGCAGCGCCACAAAUCGAAGAAAAUCUCCACCAUUAAACAAAAUCUGAGCGAAGCCUUGGAAGCGAAAAGGGAUGCCGUUCAGGCGGAAGAUCAGCCAAUCGUUUACGACUACAUGAAGUAUCCCAGUUACAAGGCCAAGAACAAGCUGGCGAAGUUCGGGAAGGCCAGGAAGAGGGUCUCCUUCAAGACAAUGGUGGAACUGGUGACCUUCACGGACAACUGGAAGAUGAAGACAAGCGAGAGCAAGCUGCGCACCGAGGAGGAGCAGGUCAAAUGCUCCCUGAAGCGUCGCAACUUUUGACAAACUUCGCUAGUGGAUGGUUAAAACUAAUGUCAUUAAAUUUACAUGUUUACUGUAUUUAUCGAUUUAAAAAGUAUAUUAUUUUUCUUAUGUCGGACAA